UCCAGAGCGCGCCUCAGCCCGCGCACACAGGUGAAUAAAGUGGCCGGAUCCGCCAGGACGGGGGCUCGCUGCCCCGCCGCUAUGGCGGGGAAACUGGUUCGGAUCGCGACUCUGGUGACAACUUGUAGCAUCUGGGCUGCAGCUCGCACGGUCUAUUAUUCCUGUGGAGCUGUGGUCGAUUCCGAAGCUCAAGGGGUUAUCCUGUCGCCUGGCUUUCCCACAAGGUACGCUCCGGGCACACACUGUGUCUGGCAGUUUUUCAUCCCGCCUGGAGUUCGUCUGGAUUUGGAGGUUUUUGACUUUGAUGUGUUCGAGAGCCCAGGUAAUGACAAAACCCCACCGAGACACCAUUCAGCCCCUGGGACGGUGAGUCAGAAGAAAGGUGUCUCCGGUUCUGCAGAGAAUGGCGUCUUGGCGCAGGGCAGGGAGUCCCCAAACCGGCAUUCCCCCGUGAAGGAGACCACUCAAGGUGGCAGAAUAAAGAUCUUGUUCAAUGAAAUAAAUGCAUCAGACUCAAAAUCUUUGAAGGUCGACCACCUGGGCACCUCUGUGAAGUCUGAAGACAAACAGGGUGUGGCACAGAAAGAGUUGGUUAAGGUGUUGCCCCAGAUGGACAAUUUCUCAGUGACAGACUCCCCACUUAGUGAAUUGGUUGAGGCUGAUUCUACGAAGUCCAACUUGAGUGCUGCCCUCACUGGUUUUGGCGAUUACAGAGACAUCCCCUCGAACCCACAACCCAACACGGAGCAGCAGGGUGGGGAGAGGCUAGAAAUGGACCAACUCAAACUGCCUGAGGGAGAGGAUUCCGCCGGAGCAAAGGUACUGGCCUCCGUACCCCCUGAGGUUUGUCCGGAUGAUGUUUUGUAUAUUUCCGAUCUGAUCACCUUCUCCGUUCGUUUUUGCGGUGCCAACUCGCCAGUGAACAAGACGUUGACCUUUGGCUCUCCCCUGGAGAUGGUGGAGGUUGUGGUGGAGCUGAUCACCACCACAGACCAGGGCCGGGGCUUUCUCCUGCUCUACCAUUUUGAAGGUGGUCUCGACGUUGACCUUCGGAACCCACUGAAGCUCAGAGGUCACGACAACCUGAUCCAUUUCCUGGUCAUCGGGGGUAUUGCCCUGUUAUUGGCUGUUCUCCUGACCGCCGUCUGCCGCACCUGGAGGAGAAGGACUCAUUAUAAAAGAAGGUGUUCCCAUUGCUCAAAGAAUCGCGAGAACGGGAUCCAGAAUUCAGCAGUUGAUAUCGGGGAGAUGCAGCUCGUGGCCAACAGGACAAAUCAGGAUGUCUUGACUGAAAAUGAGAACAACAAUCACAGCAUCAGCCUUGGAAGACCGGGUAAUUCCCUCCACACUGAAAUGGAAGUCACCUCCACUGAGUCAGCAGUGACGGAGUCCGGGAGCGACGAGAUCUUUGUGAUUUCUGCUGGUCCCAGCGUGGGAACUUUGCAUUUCUCCAGCUUUAAGACUAAGGUCCCCAAGAGAAGCCCAGCGAGUUCACCUACUGUCUGCGACUGGCUGGUGCCAGAUCUCCCACCUUCUUAUGGGGAAAAACCACCGAUGGCUCAAACUGGAAAUGGCAGAAGGGACUCUCCAACUGGGCAGCAAGGAUGCAACACCCAGCAGGAUGUUCUGAGGCCAUUGCCGCGCGAUUGGUGUGGCUGGACUUCAACUGGACCAUUUGCUAAGCUAGUGGGGAAUUGUACCACAGGCAGUUUACUGAGUGACCACCACAAUGAGAACCAGCGGAAGGUCAUGUCAGAUAUGCAGUUAGAGGCUGACUGGGAACAACUGUAUACUGACUCUUCUGGAAGUACUGCCUCAUACCCCCUCACUCGAUCAGCACAGAGUCAACGCAAGGUCACCUCAGCCACCAACUUACGGCGAGCCUGGUUUGGAAGUCCCUGCUUUGGCUUCCGACCGGGUGCAUCUCUGCACAACUCCAGCACAGCUGCCAACAGUCACAACUGGGCAAGGCAGUCAGUUCCUCAACAUGGCCCAUGCGGUGAGGGUCCCAGACCUCUGGUGGAGAGCACCGUGUCAAAUAACAUUAAGGGCUUCCAGAUCGAUGGUGCCAAAACCAGGCACCUGGCAACCGAAUCAGACAGAAUAAACCUGACCAAACCAGUUUUUGUCAUUUCAGAAGCAAGUGAGGACCGAGAGCCUCUGGUCCAAGCUCUAGACACUGUUGGCCAAUCUGCUGACAUCAGCCACUUUGCGGAAAUAAAGCCUGACAAAAGCAACCCAGCUUCGGAGGAACAGAGGCUGACCCAUCCAGUCACUGGGGCAUCUUAAAUCAAUCAGCCUCUGCUUCAGUGCAGCAGAUUAAGCGUCCAACUUCAUGUAUCAUUACACUGAGGCACAAUCGAUGCUUCAAGGGACAAAGCAUCACCUCACCGAAAGGGACAAGUGGUGCUGAACUCUGCCUAACAGCUCCAAACCCACCUUACACAUCACAAGCAGUUACUGCACUGACCUUCAGCAUGGCUGGUGGAUGUGCAGGGGGAGCCCAAGGCAUUACUUGGCAUCAGGAGCAAAGUAAUUCUUGUUUGGGACAGUGGUGCUGUUGGAGAAGUCUCCAGUUUUCCAUUGGCAACCAGUUAGUUGGUUGUUCUGCAAGGCAGUUUGCAGUUGAUUGCUUUGAAGCUCAGAAUGGAAAUGCAAUACAUCCCAAGGAUUAAGUGCCUCAUGGCUAAGGAGACGGAAGCUUCACUUAAUGACUUCAGUUUCCUAUUAAAAAAGCAAUAUAACUGUUAAUACUAAGCUAAAUGUAUAAAUUCUAAACCUUAUUAGUAAUUGAUGGCGGUAAAUUCACUAACACUGGUUCAUAAAACAGAAAACACACCCAGUUAUCUUUUCAGAGUGGCAGUAAAGUGAGGAGGAAGGUUACAGUUUUAAGUAAAAGAGUUGGAAAAAUCCACGACGAUCCAUUAAGAUUUUGAAACUGGCGGAGACCAGUAAGAAAUAGUUGCCAGGAGGCAAAUUGAUGCAUUGUGUGUGAUUCUUGACUCAGAAUAUCAGGCUGCAGGAAGCUCUGCGAAGUGUCUACCCUGAAACAUUUAUCUACUUUUCUGCCAGUGCUAACAUACUCUGCUGGGUAAUCUGGCAUUCGCUGGUCCUGGAGUGGCAGUGAAAUGUGCAAACAGUGUUACAAUGAAGCAAAGAAACGUGGAACAAGCUCCAAUGAUUUGUUCCCACUGAAAUUUCAUUACAGGAUAUUAACUAUUUUAAUGCUUUCUUCCUGUUGCUAUAAAUGAAUUAAAUGGUGUUAAAACUUAAUGGCUAAAGUGUGAAAUGAUUAGAUUGAUUACAAGAAUCUGAUCCACCCUUCCUCCACACCAUGCACACACACGGGUCUGUUUUUGACACCACUGACCCUGUGUGCCUUGUGUUUCUAGUUUUUACUUUUUUUAGUCACAACAGUUUAAACUCUCACACAGAGAAUAGUGACGUCAUGUGGACUGGACUCAAAGCCAGGUCACCCCUGAGGAGUGCUAAUACCCGAAGGUGUCUCCCAAGCCCUGGACAAAAACUAUUGGCUGUUAACUGAUGGUUUUAACUGUCAGGUCCUGGUGCUUUUCCCAUUGCAAACUUAUUCCAAAAUUGAAAACAGGAACAGAAAUGCUGUUAGCCCGCAGAUUUCGGUCCAUUUCUCACUAAGUUUCCUGUUGCUAGGCAUGGGGUGAGGUAAUUCCGAAUAGCUUUACCUUUUCAUCUUUGUUCACUCACACUUGUGCACGUAUGCAGUACUGUUCACUUUAGUCUCACUAAAUUCCUGUUGAGGGGAAAUUGGUUCUUGAAAUAGUUAUGAGGUUGGAUUUGUCUGAAUAAAGCCCAGUCUUUCAAAUUUAAAAUCUUCAAACAUCUUUGAUUUAGCCUCUGGCUAUCUUAAUCUCCUACACUUUGGACUCAUUCAAAUGCUGCUGCAGAGUGACUUGUGUAUGCCUAGUUGCUGAAUGUGCCCCUCAGAAUUCCCACCCUAUCAUCGCCCAAUACCUCAAUGCCAUUUUCACAAUUCUCAUUUAUAAUCAUUUCUCCCAGCUUCACCUAUUGGGCCCUUGAGACCGCCUGCCAGGACUUUUCACCCCACAUUAGUCAUUUUGUCAGUCACCCCCCCACCACCUGCUC